AUGCCGGCUCCGUCCCGGCCGGCGGGUGCCCUCUUCCGCAACCUCGCCCGAUCAGGUCGGCGGCCUUUCGCCCUCCCAUUGCCGGCGAGCCAUACCAUCGCAGCCUCUAUUACGACAUUACCAACACCUCGAUGGCACUCCACGUCCUCGUCCAACUCGUCGCAGAAUUUCUCAUCUGUCAACCCCGAUGAAGUCUCACACUUCAAUGCGCUCGCCGCCGACUGGUGGGAUCCUCAUGGCUCCUCCCGGCUACUUCAUCUCAUGAAUCCUUUACGUCAUGACUUCAUCCGCACUUGUCACCGCACCGACCCCGAUUCUCCCACUCGAGACCUGACAUUCCUUGAUAUUGGCUGCGGCGGUGGUAUCUUUGCCGAAAGUGCAGCUCGUUUACCGACUACCAGGCAUGUCACUGCUAUCGAUCCCACCCCUGAAGUACUCGCUGUAGCACGUUCACACGCUCGCAAAGAUCCUGGUCUUCGCUUCAAGCUCGAAUAUCGGCAAACGUCAAUAGAAAAUCUUCCUAUUCCUGCGACACCACAAGAGGCCUACGAUGUGGUCUCGUUGUUCGAGGUUAUCGAGCAUAUCGAUGCUCCAGGCGCAUUCCUGGAAAAGGUGCGCCCCUUUGUCAAACCUGGGGGGUGGCUUGUUAUGAGCACCAUUGCGCGAACAUGGAUGAGUUGGUUUACCACCAACUUCAUGGCCGAGGACGUUCUAGGUAUUGUUCCCAAGGGGACACACGACUGGAACAAGUAUCUCAACGAAGAGGAGUUGCGAACUUUCCUCGCCGGUCGAGGCUGGAGUCACCCAAUGGUGCAGGGUGUAAUAUAUGUCCCUGGGCUCGGCUGGAAGCAGGUCAACGGCAGUGAAAAGGUAGGCAACUACUUCUUUGCUGUGCGUAAAUCUGAAGCCUGA